AUGGAAGAAGAAUAUGUAUCAGAAAUUCGACUUGAAUUACAACCGAGAUCUCGUCGAGGUUAUCGUCGUUUAUUUGGAAUUCGUGAAAAUAAUUUUUUUAAUAAAGAAUCAUUUGAUAGAAUUGCUUUUACAAAAAUCUUUCUUAACAAAUAUAAUAAAAAAGUUCUUAAACGAGGAGAACAUAUAAUAUGCGACAAUUUAAUUAUUGGAGUUAAACAAAUAAAACGUGCUUCAUCAACAUAUUCAGGAAAUACUCGCGUAGAAUUUCUGAUAAAAGGUCUUCCAUUUGGAAAUGAAGAAAAAGGUCACCUUGAUAAUAAAAUAAUGGAUAAUAAACGAAGUUUAAAUGAAUAUUUUAUCAGUGAUCUUCUUACUAAAAGUGGUCAGACUAAUAUUAAUGUUGAAGUUGAACAAGUUUAUUCAUGCUAUUGUUGUCAAUGUAAAAAACGUUUAAUUGAAGGAGAUUUGUAUAUAAAAAGUGGAAAUUGGAGUCGGCCUAUUAUUUGUUUAUCAUGUUAUAAUUUAUUAUUUACUUAUAAAUGUGCUCGUUGUAAAAAAUCAAUAACAUUUGAUCAUCAAUCAUUAACAUCUGAUGGUUUAACUUCUAUUCAUUUUGUUGAAUAUAAAAAUUUUUAUUGGCAUUCAGAUUGUUGUGUUUGUGUUACAUGUUUACAAUCAUUAAUUGGACAAAAGUUUUAUCAAGAUCAAAUUUAUAAUCAAUUAUUUUGUCUUCAACAUAUUCCACAUCAAUGA